AUGGAAUCCCACGCCGAGCCCCAGGCUGCGUCGGCAGUUGGCAGUUCCUCCGCUGUCAAUUUGGUCCCAGCCGCUGAAGUUGCUUCGGUUGCCGGUUCCAACGUUGGGGAGUCGUCUGUUGAAGGCAUGCUUUCUGGUGUAGGCCCCAACGCCGAGUCUGCCAAACAGGUUGCUCGUGAGAAGGGUUGGACUGAUCCAGUUCCUUUCGAAUAUGCCGAGCUUGCUAAUAGCAAGGAUCAUCGUGAUUGGGCUGGAGUUGCCGUUCGUUAUGAAUGGAAGGAUGAAUAUGGUGACGUUGGCCCUGCCGUCCCUGAAUUGGAGGAGCAGCUUUUCCGUGGUGACCUGAUUACUCGCCCUGGCGCUAAGCUUGACGAGCUCAACAGCUACGAGGUCAACAUCGAGAGUCCCAAUGAGAUCAAGGCGGUUACCGAGUGGGUAAACUUUGGUUUGCACCCGGUUAUGCUGGAGAAUAUUCGUCUCUGUGGAUACGAACAGCCCACUGCGGUGCAGUCGUAUGCAAUCCCAGCUGUUCUCAACAACCUGGAUCUUAUCGCUGUCGCCCAAACUGGCUCUGGAAAGACAGGAGCGUUCCUCAUUCCAAUUCUUUCAAAGUUGAUGGGCAAGGCAAGGAAGCUGGCUGCUCCUCGUCCCAAUACCACAGAAAAGUUCAACCCUAGAGAAGAUGCUGUUCGAGCAGAGCCUCUGGUCCUAAUUGUCUGCCCCACUCGCGAAUUGGCCACUCAGAUCUUUGAUGAAUCACGUCGUUUGUGCUAUCGUUCCAUGCUGCGUCCGUGUGUCGCUUAUGGCGGUGCUCCUACUCGUCUCCAGCGUGAGGAACUUCAAAAGGGCUGCGACAUUCUGAUUGCCACUCCCGGUCGUCUUAUCGAUUUUAUGGAACAGACUCACGUUCUUUCUCUCCGCCGCGUUAGAUUCACCGUCAUUGACGAGGCAGACGAAAUGCUUGACUCCGACUGGGAAGACGAGUUCAAGAAGAUCAUGUCUGGAGGAGAUAUGAACGAGGAUGACGACCACCGUUACAUGAUGUUCUCCGCUACCUUCAACAAGGAGUUCCGCAAACUUGCAAAGCAAUACCUCGGCGAGGACCAUGUGCGUCUCCGCGUUGGCCGAGCCGGCAGUUCGCACCACAACGUUGUGCAGGAUAUCGUCUGGGUUGAUAGGGACAAGAAGAUGCGCGCCAUUUACGACCUUUUGAUCAGCAUGCCACCUGUUCGCACCUUGAUUUUUGUCAACAGCAAGGAGCAGGCUGACUUCGUCGAUGAUUACCUCUACAACUCUGGAAUGCCCACCACUUCGAUCCACAGUGGACGGACCCAGCGUGAACGCGAGGAUGCUAUGCGUGCCUUCCGAUCUGCGAAGUGUCCCAUCAUGGUUGCUACCGGCGUCUCUGCCCGUGGACUGGAUGUGAUCAAUGUGCUCCACGUCGUGAACUACGAUCUCCCUAGUAGUAUUCACGGAGGUAUCACUGAGUACAUUCACCGUAUCGGUCGUACUGCUCGCAUUGGUAACGAAGGAAUCGCGACCUCUUUCUACAAUGAACGCGAUGAGGAUCUUGCCGAAGAUAUUGUUAAGAUCUUGGUUGAGUGCAACCAGCCGGUUCCAGAGUUCCUCGAAUCGUAUUGCCCUGAGGGUGAUGUGCUUGAGUUCGACGACGACUCUGAUAAGAACUUCUUCGACAACCCAUCUAACCCUGGUUCUGAUGCUGGCUUUGAUGCUCGCUCUGACGCUGACGCUGAAUCUGGUGUGGCUGAGGAGAGUGACAAAGUUGUUGCAAGCAAUACGGAGGAAGCUCGUUUGGAGGAAGCUCGUCGCAGUGGUGUGUACGCUUCUGGCUGGGCCACUAAGGGCCCCGCUCCCAAGGAUGAAGAUUCAUUCUGGCAGUAG